UUUACCUACAUUCUAGGCUCUAGCUAGACUCUAGAGGCAAUGUCAGAAAUACCUCAAACUUCUGUUAAACUUCCCAUGCUAGACAUUUCUCAGCCAAUAUUGCACCCUUCUUCUUUAUCCUCUCUAGCUGAAGCCUUCAAAACAUGGGGCUUCUUGCACAUCACCAAUCAUGGGAUCUCCAAAGAUCUUUUCAGAAAACUAUAUUCACUUUCAAAUGGCCUCUUCAGCCUCCCUUCUGAUACUAAACUCAAACUUGGUCCUUUCUCUUCUGCAAAAACUUAUACUCCUCAUUUCAUAGCCUCUCCGUUCUUUGAAAGCCUCAGAGUUUCUGGCCCAAAGUUCUUUGAGUCUGCUCAAACUUCUGCCAAUGUUCUCUUUGACCAACACAACUCUGAAUUCAGUGAGAUAUUACAAGAAUAUGGGAGCAAGAUGACAGAAUUAUCGAAGAAAAUCGUGAAGAUCGCGCUGAUGAGCUUGGGGGAUGGUUUGGUAAAGAAAUUUUAUGAAUCUGAAUUCCAAAAUUGUCAUGGUUACUUGAGAAUAAAUAACUACUCAGCUCCAGAAAGCUUGGAAGAUCAUGAAGAUGAGGUUGAAGGACUUGGAAUGCACACAGACAUGAGCUGUGUAACAAUUGUGUACCAAGAUGAAAUCGGAGGGCUUCAAGUGAGAUCAAAGGAGGGUAAGUGGAUGGACAUAAGCCCAUGUGAGGGGACCUUGGUGGUGAACAUAGGGGAUAUGUUUCAAGCCUGGAGCAAUGAGAAGUUAAGGUCAUCAGAACAUAGAGUCAUUCUAAAGCAGCCGGUGAACCGCUUUUCUCUGGCCUACUUUUGGUGUUUUGAAGAUGAGAAGGUGAUAUUUGCACCAGAUGAUGUGGUGGGGGAAGAGAAUGUGAGGAUUUACAAGCCAUUUGUUUGCUUGGACUAUUUGAAAUUCAGAGAGAGCAAUGAGAGAGGGAAGUUUGAAAAGGUUGGGUUUACUGUAAGGGAUUUUGCUGGGAUUAAACAGCAAGCCAAAUGUGACAGUUGAAAAAACAAAAACAACAAAUUGAAGCUCCUCUUGUAAUUAAAGUAAUUAUAGUUAGGCAUUGUAUUAAGUAAUAAUCUGGCUUUAAAAUUGUAAUGUUUGUGCUAAAUUUGUUUGUGCCAGUGUGCUUGCGUGAGAUGCAGAGAAGAAAUUGGUAGGAGUUAGUUGAGUUUGAGGAGCCUUGACUUGUUGGUAGUUGAUAGGAGAAAAGGUGUACAGUUGGAAUCUCAACUUCCAACUUAUUUGCAUUAUUAUUAUACAAUCCUUGAAUUGGUGUUCUUAUGGAAUU